AUGGGAAACGGUGUUGUGAGAGUAGCUACGAGAGCACCAACGGAAUUACCAACUCCAAAGACCGCGUCGUCAAGUUCUCACACCACCGCCUCCGACACGCGAUCGGAUGCGCAGAGGAGUAAUUCGCCUCCCAUUCCAGUAAUUAAAACCGAUGGAUACAACAAUAAAUUUGACCCUGAGCGGCUUUCGCUUGAGGAUAUUUUGGGAGAACCCGGUAGCUCUACAGCUUUAUACAUAAAGAAAAAGAUGGCGGGAAGAGGUGCCUUUGGGGAGGCAUUUAUCGUCGAGAACAAUCCGGUAGCUCCAGUGGCUAAGCGAAGGGGAAGAAUUGGUGCUGAAAGUUUGGCAGUAAAUGGGACAGAGCGUGUAGGUGAUUGCCAGUCAAGGCAGUUUGUGGCAAAGGUCCUAAAUCUAACCUGCAUGUCGGAUCACGACCGGCAGUACGCACAGACGGAAAUAAUGUGUUUGGCGAAUGCUGAUCAUUUCGCUAUUGUACGGUAUUACGAGCACUUCUACAUUGAUGACGAGUUUCAAACAAUUGUUAUUAUAACAGAGUUCGCGGAUAAAGGGGAUUUGUAUCGCAACCUUCACCACAUGCCCAGCGACCGCUUCCCUACUGAGAGGGAGGCUGGAGUGUUGUUUGUUCAGUUACUUUUAGGUCUUGACCACGUCCACCGGCGGCGAAUGAUUCAUCGCGAUAUUAAGACGGCUAACAUCUUUCUCACAUCUCGCGGAUUCUUGAAGCUGGGUGAUUUUGGUUUUUCAAAACAGUACGAUACUAGCGUGAGUAACCCCAUCGCUGUUACUUUCCUGGGAACGAGUUAUUACCUCUCACCUGAGAUGUUAAAGGGUCAGCGGUACGGAAAGAAAGCUGACAUAUGGGCUGCUGGUAUUGUGUUGUGUGAACUUUUAGGAAAGCGCCGCCCUUUUGAAGCACACUCACCAGCAAAACUUAAGGAACUGGUGCUAUCGGGUGACAUGUGGCUUCCACCAACUCAAAAAUCUGGCGAGUCCAAUAAUUCGGCUGCUAACACCGAUGGCAAAGCUUCUCCUCCUUGCAUAAGUCUUGAGAUGCGAGAGUUUCUUGAGUAUAUACUGCAGUUAGAUCCCGAUAGACGACCAAGCGCUUCUCAACUACUGAAAACACCCCUGAUGCAGCACUAUUUACACCUGUUUAAAAAGCAAGUGUAUGAUAUGAUUGCCGCCGAUGAUGAAGUUGAAAGGAACUACAUUUCCAAUCCUGUGGAUUGUAUUGGGGAUCGCCGCCGCUACAACCUCACCGCAAAGGAGCGGGUCCUCGUAAUGCGAGGCAUAGUGGAGGGGGAAAAUUUGAUUAUGUCGGAAACUGAAAAACAAAUUGAGUCGGGAAUCCCCGGGCACAUGGAAGGGGUUGUAUUUAAGGGAACGCUUGACGGACGUUGGAAGGAGCGGUAUCUCACUUUGGCUGACGGUUACUUAACUGUCACACUAGCAAAAGAAAAGUGCGCCUCCAACUGCAACACACGCAGUAAAAGGAUGCCACUCGACACAAUCAAGUCAGUUUCGCCGAUGAAAAUUUUCUAUUCCCCAGAGGCAAACAGCGUGGAGAAAGUGGAUUGCAAUAAGAAGUUUGUAUUUGUGCUCUCAACAGUGCAUUCGCAGUCUAUUCUGUUUGCUACCAAAACUGAAGAAGAACGUGACCGGUGGCUGACCGCCCUCAUGUUUACUCUUGACAUGGGGUAG